AUGAUCCCCGACCAGCACGCGGUCGUCCAGGCGCUUCUCGGGACGCUCGUCACAUGGGCGUUCACGGCUCUCGGCGCGGCGAUGGUCUUUGUCCUGGACGUCGAGAACAAGCGCACGAGUCAGAAGAUCUUGGACGGUAUGCUGGGCUUUGCGACGGGCGUGAUGCUCGCGGCUUCGUAUUGGUCGCUACUGGCACCCGCGAUCGACAUUGCCACGCAGGACGACGAGCGCUACGGCCCCGACGGGCGGUACGCGUUCGUGCCUGCCGCCGUGGGCUUUACACUGGGCGCACUCACGCUCUUUGGGACGGAAAAGGUGCUCCCCGUGCUGGAAACGCUCGUGCAUGAGGAAGAUGAUGGGCGCGUCGAACCUGAUGCGGCUAAGUGCACCAAUCGAAACAGCUUCCGGAGGGUCUUGAUGCUUGUGAUCGCGAUCACGUUGCACAAUUUGCCCGAAGGUAUGGCCGUGGGCGUGGGCUUUGGCAGUAUUGGCCACAGUGCAAGGGCAACUUUUGCCAAUGCGAGGAAUCUAGCGAUCGGCAUUGGGCUGCAGAACUUCCCGGAAGGCCUUGCAGUGUCGAUGCCGUUGAGACGCGAGGGCGCGUCGGCGUUCCGAGCGUUCAUGUGGGGACAAGCGAGUGGGCUAGUGGAACCGAUCGGAGGCCUGAUUGGCGCAGGUGCAGUGUUGUACGUGCAGCCGAUCUUGCCGUACGCACUGUCGUUCGCAGCAGGCGCGAUGAUUUUCGUCGUUGUGGACGACCUCGUGCCCGAGACGACGCAGAGUGGCAACCAGAAGCUGGCAACGUUUGGCACGAUCGUGGGCUUUGUUGUUAUGAUGGUCAUGGACGUUGCACUCGGAUAG